GGGGAUUGAUACUGCGAGAGUGUAACCAAGCAGGCUGCAUUCUAACUCAGCUCGGGAGUUAACAAUCAGAGGUUUUGGUUAAUGACGCCUGUGACAGUCUCAAAAAAUGGAUAAUCCUCACAGAGUUCCCAUUGGCUAUCGAACUUUUACUUCCCACCCCCCGAACGAGCACACAUCUACAAACAUUCUCAACCCAAGGGUUUCUGCCUUCAUUAGUUAUGAUGUCAUCUGUGCCAAUUACCAUGUCUACUGAAGGAGAACCUACAACAUUAGCCAAGCUUCUGCACCUUAUGUUCCUCUCCACCUUCUGGGGAAUGCAGAUAUGGGUCACAUUUAUAUCACGUCUAAUCAUGGGCAGUAAUCUCACGAGACACACGUUUGGCUUCAUUCAGAGCAGACUUUUUCCAUACUACUUUCACCUUGGAUCUGCCUGUGCCUUCUUUAAUUUAACCAUUUUUGCCAUGUAUCAUCCCAGUGAGUUGUUAACUGAAGAAGAGACAUUUCAGAUUAUUGUUCUUUUCAUCUGUGUGACUGUUGCUGGGCUCAAUGCACAAUGGUUUGGUAAGAUAACUUCUGAAAUCAUGGCUGACAUGCAUCUGAUUGAACAGAGCUGUGGGCUGGGGAAGGAUAUUGGAUUGUCAACCAACAGAGAGGCCUAUAACAAGCUGAAGGAGAGUAACCCCAAAUAUAAGAAAUUUUCACAUCAACUGACCCUGUAUCACAAUACUUCCUCUUUAUGUAACCUGUGUUGCAUUAUCUGUAAUGGGAUAAGUUUGUACUACAUGGCAGCCAAUUUAUCCACAUUAUGAAAGUGUUUUAAGUAAGACCUUUAAAGACCCAGUGUCGAAUGGUGAAAAGUUCAUUUACAAAUAAUGGAAGCCUGAAAAAUAAGCUAUUUUGCUGUGAUGCCUGAUGGCGGAUGCUAAUCCAACACAAUCUCUCCAAUAAUUAUGCCUUUUUUAAAAUGUGCUUGUGCUACUAUUUGUAAUAUUUUAAAACAAAAAUCAGUGGGAAGCAGAAAAUUUUAAAUAAGAAGAAAACACUGCUGAAAUUCAUCAGGUGAAACCAGUUUACGGUGAUAAAUCUGAAACAAAAACAGAACAGCUGGAGAACCUCAGCAGGUCCACCAGCAUCUAUGGAGAGAAAGCAGAAUCAAUGUUUCACUGGACCCAAAAUGUUUACUCUGAUUUCUCUCCAUAGAUGCUGUGGGACAUGCUAAAUUUCUUCUGCUGUUUCUAGUUUUGUUUCAGAUUUCCAGGAUCCACAGUUAUUUUCUCUGUAGGGUACGAAAUGUUUAGUUCAGUUAUAGCUUGACAUAGUUUACUACGUGUAAUAAUGCAUAUAUGUAACUGUCAUACUUUUCCACACCCACAAAUUGAUGGCAUUGAAUAAGUUUAGGAGCUCAGCACGGGAUUUCUGAGUACAACCAAGGGGAAUUUUCGAGUGUAUGUUAUAAUCUUGUAAAUGAAUUUUUAUAUGCUCUUUAUCAAUGAGAAUCCUUGCUAAUUAUGGACUCAAUUAAUUAGCCUGACACUGAUGUAAGUGGAAUUAGAAUAGCUUACAUAUAGCCUUCCUAGGAAGUUAGAAAAUUGGAAGAGAUUUGUGGUCCAUGCGCCUAGCCACAAAAUUCAAAACAGUGCCAUACCCUACUCCACCCCUUAAUUCUUUAUCUUCUAAAUUUUAACCUAGAUCAUACCAAUUUAAUGACAAUACAUAACACUUUAGGCAGUCAGUGUGUAUAUAUUAUGUAAUUUUGUAUAAGACAUAGAUUGAACAUAUUGUAUCACAAACACUAAUAAAUGCUUUUCUAAUGUUGAUAAAGCUGUCAGUAUUGUAAGAAUAUUAUGUUAGCCUUUCCAUUAUUGCACUUUUCCAGUUUGUGUUUUUUUUUUGAUGUCUCAAGGUUCUGAUACUAAUUUUGUUCUUUGUGAUGAGGGUAUCACUGGCAAGGCCAGGAUUUGUCGCCCAUUCCUCUCGUCCUUGAGAUGAAUGACUUGCUCAGGGAAGGCAACGCCCACAUUUCUUGCCCAGAGGGCAAUUAAGAAUCAACCACAGUACGGUAGGUCAGAAGUCACACGUGGGUCAGACAAGGUAAGAGUGGCUAACUUCCUUGGAGUUAACACUGGAGUAGAGAUCAUGUCAAUGGACUAGCCAAUCUUCUUGCGACAUGGCUUCGAAUUCCACCAUGGCAGACAGUAAAAUUUAAUUUCAGUUUUUAAAAGAAAUCUGGAUUAGAGAACUGGACUAAUGGUGACAUGUAACAGCUAUCGAUUAUUGUAGAAACCCAUCUGGUUCACUUAUGUCUUUCUUAGGUAAGGAAAUCUGCCAUCCUUACCUGUUAUGAAGUUAGUUGAGCUUCAGUGGUGGAGAAACCUCCAGACAGAAUUGAUUUGUGUUAGAAAUAGUAAUUUUAAAAAACUAUGGAUUGAUAAGGAAAUGUCAGCAUGGAUUUCUAAAGUGGAAAUCAUGUUUAACUAAUCUGGACUUUUCUCAAGGUCACAGCAAGGUUCCAUGAUGUCAAUGUGGUGUACAUGGAUCACCGGAAGGUAUAUAAUACGGUGUUAUACCACAGACUUGUUGGAAAGCUAUGUUAUUAUAAGAGACAGUGGCAAUGUGGGUAUAAAAUUAGCUGUAAAAGGAAUUACAGUAACAGUAAAUGGAUAAAUUUCAAUCUGAGGGAAAGUUUAACGUGGAUCUCUUCAGAUUAUGGACCUUUAUUGUACCUUUCAAUCGAUCACAUUUUGAUUUUGAAAAGCAAUUUUGCCACCACUCUCUCUGCUUCUGGAAUUUCACUACUCUCUCUUCUUACAACCUCAGAAACUGAGUCCCGAGUUCCCUCCAGGUCUGCCACUGAGACCCCUGCACUCUGUGCUCUUUGUAAUCUUGCUGCCACUGCUGUCGAGUUCCACACAGGUGCACCACCAUACUGUCUGCUUCUGCGCCCUCUUUGCUCUCACUGCAGUUAAUGAGCUAGAGUGAAAAUUAUAGUUUGGAAUCUUUAGCUUGAAAAUAAAAUGUAGAAGGCAAUCCUGAGCAGUUCCAAGGGAGGACAGUAUUGACUGGGGAGCACUCAUUCAGGGAUGAUGAUGAGAUGUGAUCAAAUCAUUUGUUCUCCCAUUUCAGUUUACGUUUUUCAAAUAUGGUAUCAAUGUCCAUGUUUGGCUAAAGAAUCUAUUUACUACUGUUGAUCAUACACCAAUAUUCAUUUCGAAAUCCUAAUUUACUAGAAUAAAACAAGUUUUGAAGAGUCAUAUAGAAUUAGAAAUGGUAACUGCUUCUUUCUCAAUAGUUGCUGCCAAAUCUUCAGUACUUUAUUAUUUCAAAUGGCUUGGAGCUUCUUUCCUGAUAGAAAGUCUUUAGAGAACGAUGAACCUCUUACUAGAAUUAUGAUUCUCGGAUUUCCAGCCUUCACAAAAUAUCUGGAUACAAAAAAAUUCAAUGAAGCAUGAAUUAAUAUCAAACAACAUCCAAUUUUAUGGAAUAAAAGGAACAACAAUCCAAAUACCGUAUAGAAAGUCUUAUAUUUGGAAACAUUAUUUCCAACAGACAUUGUCACAGCAAGCCGAGACAAAACUACUUGCGUCACUGAGGGCUGCAUCUUGCCAGAAAUCAGCUUUCAUUUUUGUUGGGUUUCUAGGCAGGUUUCUGCAAAACCUAGUGAGUUUUCUUACACAAUCAUCCCAAACUUGCCUCAUUACCAGGUAUCACAUCCUUAUACUGUCCUGCUUAUCUGGUGCGAGCCCAAUUCUCCCACUCACCCUCGGCAGAUGUAUUCACCACUGCUUGGAUAUGCUCAGAUUCCUGGUACCAGGAUCAUACUUAAAAGACAGUUGAGCACAGAACUGCCCUGUUCACUUCAUAUUAACCCUGGACAUGGCAGACGAGGAGAAAUAGGCACCUUGAUGUAUGAACAGGGACCUAGCAGUCCUAGUGAAUGGGGUAGUGCAGAGAGGUGCCUGAUGACUGAUAGAGUACGCUACAGCACCACAGCCUAGCAGCCUGAUCGGAGAUUGAAUCAGCUGGCAAUGUGGUCACAACUGUCCAAAGGAAAGUGUGGGAAAGGAAGUCAAAAGUCUUCUCUAUACCAUAAAGGUAGGUGCUACCAACUUCUCCCUGCUAACUCACAUUCCACAGGCCAAAGGGUGCUUGGGCAGAAGUAACCAGUCAAAUAAUUCUACUUUGCCAGUCAAUGAGAUCAUGGCUGAUCUGAUAAUCCUCAUUUCUACUUUCCCACCUUUUCCACAUAACCCCUAAUUCCCUUACUGGCAGCAAAUCUGUCUAUCUCAGCCUUGAUAGCCAUCUGUGGCAAAGAAUUCUAUCUCUGUCACUGCACCCACCUAGACUCAUGCUCACUGGUGUAUGUAACAUCUUCUCUCACUUGCUCACAACCACCCAAUUCCUCCCAUACAGCUAAACCUGUGUGCCCUCUCCAUUGCCUGCUCAUUCUUUCAGGAUACCUCAGAACCUUUCCUGCACCAGCACGAACAGCUGUGCCAUGACAACUUUUGUCCCACUCAAUCCCUCCCUUUCUCUCCUUACAAAAGAACCAGGAUAAAUGGUCGGGCAUCUAACAAUUAGUUCCACCCCCUCCCUUCCAUGAAAGGAAGAUUUUGGCCUUUGCUUGCAAGGACUGGGAGCAGUCCUGUGGAGACACAAAUGUCCAUGUCCUGGCCCACCAAGUACGAAUUAUUGUCUGAUGCUGCUCUAACUUUCCCAUUAACCACGAUGUGAAUGAGUCCUUGACAAUGAGGAACUUAUUCACAAAGGAUUCUUUCUUUCUUUUGUCUCCUGUAGGUACCAGCAGCAUUAGCAUAUUCUCCACUGUCAAGAGGACGGUAAUGGCAAGAUAUGCCCUCUUCCACUUCUGAAGAAGAGAGCACGGAUCCCUAUGAGAAUAUCCAGCAAAGCUGACCCUGCACCCACCACCAGGUCCAAUUCUGACCCCUCAGUGGGUGCUUUUGAGAGAUUACGGCUGGGAACACUGGCUGAUGAGCAUAUCAUUGCCACAUCCCUGCAGAUGGCAAAGAAAAGUCCCAGGUUGCUGGCACUCGAGAGACCAGGAACCUGCAAAGCCCCAAGCAGGAAAUGGUCCUUUGUUGGCUACUAACAACAUCAUUGAAAUGCAGAGGCAAACACAGGAGCAGCAGGCAGAUUUGCCAGGCACGCAGGGUAACCUAGCACAGAUUUUACAGGACUGCAGCAAUGCAACUGCCACACUGCUAACUCCAUGGGCAAGUUGGCAGCUUCCAUGGAGAACCAGGGCUAGCAGUCUGAGUGUGCAGGAUAGUCGUGCAGAUCUGCCCUCAAUUACUAUAGCCAUUGGUACACAGUAGCAAAGGCAUGGUGACAAGGCAGCAAGGAGACUGAGUACUCAGUACGGCAGUACUCAGCAUGUCAGUGCUCUCCAGACACAAACAGCCAGAGGUCACCAUUCCAAGUCACCAAGGCCAAUGGUGUUGGGCGGGCUUCCUCCACCCCAGCUGAGGAACCCGGGACUGCACUGAACUGUUGUGGAAACAAGGAACAUGACCUUCUGUGGGUGACCCUUCACUGCAAAACAUAUUACAUUUGUGAAUGCAUGUUCGAAUUUCUUUAUCGGUAUGUGCAAAUCUCUGGUUGGAAUUCUAGCACUGAAGGUACAGAUCCUAACUAACCUUUGAGCUACACAUGUUCAAUGGUUCAAGGUGUGAAGUAGCAGCUUCUGGAAACUGGCAGAUGAUUUCUAAUUUGGCAACUGGGGUUAAUGUUUCCAACCCAUAAAACAAGGCUAGUGCAUUCACAACAAUGACCUGGUCAAGAGUGCUUGGAGAAGGUAGGAACUGCAGAUGCUGGAGAAUCUGAGAUAACAAGGUGUAGAGCUGGAUGAACA